AUGACUGAAACUUCGAAUUUUACAGUAGUAAUGACUCCUCAUAUGAAGGAUCUAGCAUCUCAGUUUGAUAAUCCUCCAGAAAAGCCAAAAUUUAUACCAAAACCUGAAGAAGUACAGGAAUUAAUAGAAUUAUCUUUAAUAUAUCCAGUUACAGAAAUUCCAGCGCAUAGUAAAUAUCUUUUUCGAUAUACAAAACAUCAAAUUCAAGAAAUAUACAAAUCUAUUCUUAAUGGAGAAAUAGAAAUUCCAAAAUCAAAAUCCAAAAUCAAUAAAAAAGAGUUCUCUCUUGAAGAAGACUUUAUAAUUUUAACAUUUAUUAGAUUACAACCAGGUUCUAACAUCUCAAAUCUUAUAGAAAUGUAUGGAGAAUUGUUUCCAAUUUAUCGAAAAAAUUCAGAAAUCAAGAAGCGAUACAACGAACUCAAAAAGCUUCCAAAUGACAAAGUAUCUGAGAUUUUAGAUAAAUAUACCAGAGAAAUCGCUUACGAAGAUCUUUUCGGAACAUCAACUCAAAAAGCAUCAGAAGAUUCAACGAUCAAGGAUAUAAAAUUCAUACAAUGCAGAUGCAAUUACCAACCCGUGAUUUAUGACCAGUUAUCUUCAAAAGCUUCGGAUGAAUUAGACAGACUUGACAAAAUCAGCGAAAUUUACUGGCAAAGAGAAUUUUCUCCAAAUGAUUUAGCAAUUCUCAGGUCCGAAAAGCUCAAAUUCUUCAUGCGAAGGGAAGCAAUCAUGAUUGGACGUGGAACACUCGAUUUCGAUGUUGAUGUUAACUUAUCGGAGUUUGGUGAAAGAGCCUGUGUUCAUGUUUCGAGAAACCAAGCUGUUAUUUCCUUCUUACUUGACUUUAAUUUUUAUAUUACAAAUAUUGGCAACAGAACGUUCAGAGUUAAUGGUGUUGUCAUUGGUCCAGGCAAGAAAUGCAGAUUACAUGAUGAAUACUUGCUUGAUUUCUCAGGAAUUUUGUUAAUUUUCUAUUCAAAUAGACAACUCAUUGAUCAAAUCAAAGUUGCACUCGAUGAUUCAAUGGAGAACCAAAAUAAACGUGAAGCAAAUUAA